AGCGUAGCGAAAAUAAAAUUGGAAGAGUUCCUUGCGAUGAUAAGCCGUGAUAGGUAUCGGUAGCUUGCCUCUCUCUGUGAUUCAUACGUCCUGUUACGAGUAGACGACUUAACUCGGGCUCUCAUGAAAGGGAGCAAAUGGGAGACAGGCACUCGGACGGGCAAACCACUUUUCUCCACGAUUCCUCCGACCCUCGGCCACAGUCUACGUAUCAUCACCACCACCAUCACCACCACCAGCAUCAUCAUCAUAUUCUUCAGCUGGUGUUAACGCCUUCCUACAUCCCUCGCUAUGCCCCCUAUCACUCCCUCUCAGAUAGCCGCUCUUCAAAGGAACGGUGAAAACAUCCGAAACGUGAGUGUCCCCUUUGUUCUGGGGCUCAACCUUUUUGGUGGUGUCAAUGGGACUUGACUUCAGCUGACAUUAUCUCCAUCGGUAUUAGAUUUGUAUCCUCGCCCACGUUGUAAGCCUACACCUGCUGAGCCCCGUCCAUUAUCUUCUUGCCACACCUCUUGCCCCUUCUGAGUUUCCCUUUUUUCUUCUCGUGGCGAUAACUACCAUUGAAAGUAAUAGGUGGAUAACCUUGGAGAUUUAGGACCAUGGAAAAACGUCACUUAGUGAUUGCCUUAUUUCGACCAACGGCAUUAUAUCUCCGAAACUUGCCGGGCGCGUCCGCUACCUUGACUCCCGCCCGGAUGAACAACUUCGGGGCAUUACCAUGGAGUCAUCAGCGAUAUCGCUUUAUUUCCGCCUAACGCGACCGGAGGCUGAGGUAGCCGAAUUUGCCUCUCACGAGUAUCUCAUAAAUCUAAUUGAUUCGCCCGGACAUAUCGACUUCUCGUCUGAAGUUUCCACAGCCUCUCGGCUAUGUGACGGCGCUGUGGUUUUGGUGGAUGCUGUUGAGGGUGUUUGCUCGCAAACAGUGACGGUUCUGCGUCAGACCUGGGUUGAACAUAUCCGGCCAAUAUUAGUUAUCAACAAAAUUGACAGACUAGUAACCGAGAUCAAACUUAGCCCACAUGAAGCCUAUGUUCAUCUUUCAAAAUUGCUGGUGCAGGUCAACGCGGUCAUGGGAAGUUUCUUCGCUGGUGAAAGGAUGGAGGAGGAUCUGAAAUGGCGAGAAACCCUCGAAGCUAGAUUGAAAGAGACGGAAAAGUCAAACUCGCCAAGUUCAGAGAGUGCUGGGAAAGGUUCGAGCACUGAUACACCCACGGAAGAAUACGAAGAAAAGGAUGACAAAGAUAUCUAUUUUGCUCCGGAGAAGGGUAACGUCAUUUUUGCCAGCGCGAUGGACGGUUGGGCCUUCACUGUCCGGCAGUUUGCUGGGAUUCACGAGAAAAAGUUAGGUAUCAAAAAAUCAACUCUUGAGAAGGUUCUUUGGGGAGACUACUAUUUGGACCCAAAGACUAAGCGGGUACUUCAGCAAAGGCAUUUAAAAGGAAGGAAUUUGAAGCCCAUGUUUGUUCAACUUGUGUUGGACAACAUAUGGGCUGUGUAUGCAUCAACCGUACUUAACAAGUACGUUUUCCUUCUAUUAUUUUCUGUCUUAUUUCUUUUAUUGCCGUUUGCUUGUUUGCUCCGAGUUUCAAUAUACAUCAUGGAUAGGGUGUUUGAAGCUCAUUCGGUUUACUCCCUCCUUUUUUUUCUUGACGUAGAGACCAAGAAAAAAUCGAGAAGAUAGUCAAGUCCCUGGGGCUCAAGAUACUUCCUCGCGAAAUGAGGUCUAAAGAUACCCGGUCCCUAUUAUCUACCAUAUUCUCGCAAUGGCUACCGCUGUCCUCGGCGGUACUUGUCUCUGUAAUUGAGACCUUACCCUCACCCCCUGCUGCGCAAAAGCAGAGGAUACCGGCUAUUAUUUCUAGUGCUCCUGGCUCACAGGAAGUCUCGGAAGUAGUCCGGGAUGCCAUGGUUGGAUUUGACAAGUCAGAAAGCGCACCGGUUUUGGCGUAUGUGAGUAAGAUGGUUGCGGUACCAGAGUCUCAGUUAAAGAAGACCCAACGCGUGCAAUUGACCGCAGAGGAAAUGAGGGAGUUGGGGAGACAAAAGAGAAUAGAAAUAGCGAGGGCACUUGCAUCAGAGAAUGCAGAGAACCCUGGUAAUGAAUCGGGGGUGGAUGGCACCGGCCCGUCAGACGCACCCCAAUACACCGCCGAAGAGGGUCAGGAGGGUUCAGAGAAAGCACCAGAGGAGGCCGAAGAUAAGGAGCAUUUAAUCGGAUUUGCUAGGCUCUACUCUGGAACUAUCAAAAUUGGACAAGAGCUCUAUGUGUUGGGCCCUAAGUACUCUCCUUCGCACCCAGAUCAGCAUGUUCAUAAAUUCGUAGUUACCGAUCUGUACUACAUGAUGGGACGCGAUCUACAAGUUCUUGACGAGAUACCCGCAGGAAAUGUUUUUGCUAUAGGAGGAUUAGAUGGUAAACUGCUCAAGAGUGGAACUCUGUGCAGCCUGGGCAGGGGUGGUGUAAACUUGGCUGGAGUUGGUUCGAGGGCUGCACCAAUUGUACGGGUGGCCGUAGAGCCGAAGAACCCCAGCCAGUUGAACAACAUGAUUGAGGGACUCAAGUUGCUUGAGCAAGCGGAUCCUUGCGCAGAAUAUAUUGUUCAGGAAUCCGGAGAGCAUGUGUUAUUGACCGCUGGAGAGUUGCAUCUAGAGGUAAUCAAUAAGCCUCUAUUAUACACUGGCAUUUCAUGAUUUUGAGUUGGAAUCCCGGACAAAUAUUUACUGACAUUCCUGGACAGCGCUGCUUGAAAGAUCUCAGAGAACGAUUUGCAAAGAUUGAUAUACAAUCAUCGGCGCCUAUCGUUCCAUAUCGCGAGACCAUAGUCUCAGCAGCAGAAAUGCCACUCCCAAGAGACCCCAACUUCCCGAGAGGAACGGUUCAAGUGGUUACAACAUCCAAGAAAAUUUCGAUACGGAUAAGAGUUCGGCCAUUGCCGAACCGAGUGACAGAAUUCUUGAUCGAGAACAUAGCAUCUAUCAAGAAACUCUACUCCGAGAGAAGGGGAUCUGAAGAAGCCGCAGCGACGGCCGAAAAUGAGACCUCAGCCGGUCUUGAAGAAAGUGACGGGGUACACAAAGUUAAAGUACUGAGUCUAAAGGAGUUCAAGGAGGGGCUGGCGAAGUCCUUCGGGGGGACGGGUCAAGAUUGUUGGAAUGGUGUAGUUGAGAAGAUGGCUGCAUUCGGCCCAAGGAGAAUUGGUCCUAACCUUCUCAUUGAUGCAACCGGAAAAGGGCUUUGCAGGAAACUGUGAGUAAGAUCAAGUUAUUGCAUUUUCCGCGUGAGUCAAUUUGAUUCUGAUGUGUUACAUGCAGGCUUCACGACAAUGCUUUGGAAUCCCAAUGCACAAAGACUACUGAAGACGAAGAAGCAACUCCCGAUAUAGCCCGUGGGUUAGGGGAUCGAAUCUCUCACGCUUUUCAACUGACUACAGCCCAAGGGCCCCUUUGCCACGAGCCGGUUCAGGGCAUUGCCUGUUUCGUCGAAGAAGCCAUUAAUCCAACUGAGGACGAGAAUCUUGAAGGAGCUGCGGCAAGGAGCAGAAACUACGAAAUUAUUGCAUCUGUUCGAGAUGCCAUGCGUCAAGGGUUCUUGGACUGGUCCCCAAGGCUGUUGAUGGCUAUGUACUCCUGUGAUAUCCAAGCCUCGAGUGAGUUUUGUUUUGCUUGGUGGAUCGUAUUUUGUUCAAAAGCUAAUAGCCUCCCAGCCGAGGUCCUCGGAAAAGUUUAUGGAGUCAUCACCCGACGCCGCGGCCGCAUCGUAGCCGAAGAAAUGAAGGAGGGGACUCCGUUCUUCACCAUCAAAGCACGUCUCCCGAUCGCAGAAUCCUUCGGCUUCGGGGAUGAUAUCCGAAAGCGUACCUCCGGGGCCGCCAGCCCGCAAUUGAUAUUCACCGGUUACGAAAUGCUGGUUGACGAGGACCCCUUUUGGAUCCCGUUUACCGAAGACGAAUUGGAGGACCUAGGGGAGUUGGCCGAUAGGGAGAAUGUAGCAAGAAAGUAUAUGGACGCUGUCAGGGUCCGGAAGGGUUUGCCGGUACAGAAGAAGUUGGUCGCGAACGCCAAUAAGCAAAAGACUUUGAAGAGGUAGGCAGGGGGGCUGAUGGAUAUGUUGGGUAUUGCCCGUCCGCCCAGGUUGUAGUUUAGAAGGAUGGGUGAGACCAUGGAUUUUCUCGGUGAAUUAGUUGGAAUAUCAUUCAAUGUAUAGUUGACCGAAAUGGGGGUGGCAUUAACGAUGCGAUAAUUGACACCCGGAAAGUGUAUCCCCGAGGGUGAGCGGCUGUACUGUACCUGAAAAAUUUAUUGCCGCUAUAAUGGGAAGUGUUUAUAACAUGUAGGAUAUUAGAGGGUUUGUGCAAUUGGACCUGGGUGACAGUUAAGAAAAUAAGGACCUAGGUGGGCAAAACAGUUUGUGCAGAGGAUCUAGAUGACUUGGAAGCCAUGUUACUACAAAAGAGUUUAGUGAUGUAUUGUGCGUUGACAAAAUUAACCGAACAGCAACGAACACUAAUAAUUUUACCAUAGUGACAACCCCAUUAAUGAAUUCAACCACCUCAACAUCAGAUAAAAAAAAAUAGUUAAAAAAUAAAUAAAUAUAUAGCAGUAAUCAGUACUUAGUAUACCAUCCAUCAACCUUAAUAAUUGCCUUUAUCCU